AUGCAUGGAUUCGAUUACCCAACCCCUGCUUUGCGAGACGAGUCUCACGAUGAUUCGACGGUGACGGGAGUGAUGCUACCGCUAUGCAUUUCCAUAGCAAUCGUCUGCGCUGUUUCGAGUACCGUCUACAACAUCGGAACGACAGCCUCCAAAGGUUCACUAGCUUACGAGAAUAUCCGCUACGGAAUCGAGAGAUGGAACAACGAUAACCUCGCGCACACCGAGAUCACUUUGCACAUUGUCGCCACUGAACUCUACCAUGCCGGUUUUGAAGAACGAAUGUGCGACGUCAUGCAGCACAACGUCGUCGCCGUCCUCAUUCCAUCGUCCGAAGGUCUUCUUGACGAUCCGCUGAUCAAAUCGAUGUGCCAUCACUUUCAGAUACCCUGCCUCUCAUUAAAAAUGGGCAAUCCAGUGGAAUUUGUGUCAGAUUUCGUGACGAGUGUCGGUCCACGACGAGGUUUGGGAGCCCAGGCUACCAGCGAGUUUCUCGAAAACCUGCGAUGGACUUCAUUUUUGCUCGCCUAUCAGCAGGAUACAGAUCUCGAAGAGUUGGCACCGCUAAUUCACGACCGGCGAUCUUCGCACAACGGUGGUCUGCGAGCUUCUGUCAAAGUCCGAAAACUGCCGAACAACACCGAUGAUUACGAGCCGUUUCUCAAAUACGUGCGGAAUCAUCUUCGUCAGACAAACAUCGUCAUCCAUUCCAACAACAUUACUGUAAUCUAUGCGCUUCUACAACAGGCAAAAGGAAUGAAUAUGACCGAACCGCCAUUCUCCUAUAUUUUCACGAAUACGGACUUGUCAUUACUGGAGGAUUUUCUUAACAAUGCUUAUGGCGCAUUUCACUGCAAUAUAACCGGACUACAACUGGUUAAAAACGAUCCGAUGAUGAAGACUUCCUUGGCGCUUAUCUCGGAGGCGGUCUGGGUGAUUGGGACGGCGCUGUACAAAAUGAAAGAG